AUGAGCACAUCCAACGAAGCCAACCCCGACGCAGGCUGGCAACCCAACGGGCGGCCCCAAUCAACAAUCGCCCUCGACUUCUCUGCUGCCCUCGAUGAUCUUUUCAAGCUCAACGGUAUCGGCGCAUUGGAGGAAUCUGUGGUUCAGAAACAAGACACAGUCCUCUCCCAACAAUAUGAACUCGAGACACUAGAGACCAAACUGCGUGAAGCAGAUGAAAAGCUGAAACGACUCGAGGCAAAACACAGACGGCAGCAGAGCCAAAUGAUCACCAAGAGGAAACCGUUCAAUGCGGAAGACAAUGAAACAGAAGAAGACAGCUCUGGCGACAGUGACGAGCAAGGGAGAUCUCCUUCGUCACAGCGAGCAGAUGGGACAGGAUGA